AUGUUGCUGCCCCUCCUGGGCGCCUGUGCUGUCGUGGGCCCGUUUCGGGGUCCUGAGUGGGAGCCAGUGCGGGGCCUGCUCUCUGAAGAUCGCAGCUGCAGGGACCCUCGGUGCUGUGGUAACCUGCUUGUCCUCUGCCUCUUUCUGAUCUGGCAGGUCCGGCACUACUGGCAUCAGGUCACCAGGACCCACCGCAGCAUGAGGAAGUUCAUCAAGGUGCCACCACAGAAGUGGGCAGUGCCCUCCAUGAGACAUGACACUUGUUUCAGGCUGACCCCUGAAUUCUUUCUCAGUCCUGGCAAGUUCAGGGGCCUGGAUGCUCAUGCCCAACAAUGGGCCCAAAGUAAGAGCAGGGAAUACUGGAGGAGCCUCGAGGAAUCAUGGACCCAAUAUCUGCUCUCUUGUCAGCGCCCAUGUCAAGGUGUACUGUGGGAUGCCUACACCUCUUCUGAUCAUAUCUUUUGCACCACCUCCUUUCCCAGCACCAGUAUGCUACCUCGGGACAGUUCUUGGGAAGCAUGGCAGGUACCCUGGUGUUGUAGUGAUGAUCAGACUCACCUGAUUUGCAGGCCACGGCCCCCUGCCUUGGACAGGUGCCAAAGGAUGGAGCAGUUGUUGGUCCAUCCCCAGGAAGAACUGGCACCACUGGAGUAUAUUGUCAACAUGAGAUGCCACCCCAACUCCAUGACCCCUCUCCCAAACCUCCCUUCAGCCCAGAGCUUGCCGUUCUGUUCCAGAGAGUUCCUAGCGGUUCCUUCCAACCAACGAUGGCCAGUCCUCAAGAAGAGUCAGCGACAGCUCCUGGAGUCCCUUAUGCGGCGGAAGAUCGCCCACCUGAAGUGGGGCCUCCCCCAGCGGAUCCUAGAGUCCUACUUGCACUUUAAUGUCUUAGGACCACGCCCACUGCCUCUUGCUGGGCAGAGGCUCCCUGGGUUGCACAUGGCCUACACCUUCAGCUUCAAAAGGAGUCUCCACUCUGCUGCGGAAAGGCUGAGCAUGACCUUUUUGAACAAGAGCUCCCGGUCCCCACACUUGGCCAAGGCCCAGCACUCAGCCCUCAACCUGAGUGUGAGGGAUCCUGGUCCUACCCUGCUCCCCAGAGUGGGCGCAUUACCCUCCUCCUCGUGCGCCUGCGCCGAGCUCUGCCAAGUGCGCUUGCGCAUAAACUUGGCGGGAAAAGUGCUGUCGCCGUAG